AGUGCAUCCGCGCAGGAACCUCGCCCAGACUCAUCAUGCUGCGAUUCAUCCUCCUCGGCGUUCUCGUCGGCCUGGCGUUCUCGGCGCCCGCACCGAAAGCGGCGCCCAAGCCGCUCACCCUCGUCUCCGAGAUCAAAACGCCGGCGUCAACCACCAAGCUCGCGCCGCUGGUAGCGCCGAUCGCCACACCUCUCAUCGCACCGGUCUCCCGUCUUGCAUACGCCGCGCCCGUUUUGUCGCAGGUAUCGCCGUACGCGUACACCGCGUAUUCCGCGCCGAUCGCACCCGUGGAGAUCCCGUCGAGUUACUCGAUCGAGCAGCACGGCUACCAUAUUACCUACUGA